ACAUAUAGCUAUAGAUACAUACAUAUUUAUCUAUAUUUAUAUGUGUAUACAUAAUGAAGAGAAUUGGGGGAGCCAAGAUGGAAUAUGAUGAAAAGGAAGUGGCAAGUGAUCUCCUGCAAGAUAUUGACACAUAAUAUUAAUGCAACACAGAGUCUCCAUACCACAGUGACAUUGGUCGCAAGUAACUUCCAAUUAUAGUAAUAAGCAGACACGUUGUAGGUAUGAGCAUCAUGAUAAGUAGCCUCCAUUCAAUUCCUCUCUCUCUCCUCUCUUUGUUUAUUAAUCAUGAAACUACUCUUUGUCUCUUUCUUUAUCAUUUCCACUCAUCAAAUCUAAUCGAUCAUAGCCUAGCUAUACUCAUUAUUCUCUAAUAUAUCUGACCAAACAUGUAGCAGACUUAAAACCUAAUAAAUGAUCAUCCGUACACCAAAAGACACCCUCAAGUAAGGAUAAAACCACCUUCUCGUUUCUUUUUCUUUGACUCCAUAUAACACAACUCCUCCAUAGCUCUUCUUCCUUAGAUCGUCAGAAAACUCAUAAAUCUCUAUCUAUUAACGGGGAGUAUCAUCGGCAUCUGUUAGAGACUAUGAAGAGGACACAUCUGGCAAGUUUCAGCAGCAAAAACAAGACCCAAGAAAAAGAAGAAGGAGACACUAAUGGUAACGACAGAAUCAUCAUGAAUCAGUACAAGAACUACGAAGCAGGGCUGAUCCCAUGGCCUCCCAAGAACUACACUUGCAGCUUCUGCAGGAGAGAGUUUAGAUCUGCUCAAGCACUUGGAGGGCACAUGAAUGUUCACAGAAGAGACAAAGCAAAACUCAGACAGAUACCUUCUUGGCUCUUUGAUCCUCACCAUCAUCACACACCUGUUCGCAACCCUAACCCUAAUCUUAACUCUUCUUCAACAACGCCAGCUCAUUUUGAGCCUUCCCCAACCAACCAGAUAUCCAAAACGACUCCUUUUUCUUUUUCCCGGUUCGAUCUUUUGGAAAAUACUACUAGCUAUGGAGGUUUGAUGGUGGAAAGAGAGAAGAACAAUAACAAUGUACGUAGCAGAGAUCUCAAGAAGAGUGCCAUGGAUUCAUGUCAUGCUGCAAAAUGUGAGAUAAGUCGUGGAGAACUGAUGAACAAGAAAGAUGGAGUCAUGGGGUUGGAGCUUGGGAUGAGUUUGAGGAAUCCCAAACACGUUCUUGAUUUGGAGCUUCGACUUGGGUGCCUUUAAAUAACUUCGAUUAAUAAUUUAACUACCAGAUUAUUUGUAAGAUUGUAUGUAUA